AUGCCUCACAUCGAACCUCAAAAACACUGUUCCAUUCCUCACGCUGAACCUCACAAAGACUCUCCCAUGCCUCACACCGAACCUCAGAAACACUGUCCCAUGCCACACACUAACCCUGAAAAACACUGUCCCAUGCCUGACGCUGAACCUCAAAAACACUGUCCCAUGCCUCACACUGACCCUCAAAAACAUUGUCCCAUCCUUCAGACCGAACCUCAAAAACACUGUCCCAUGCCUCACACCGAACCUCAAAAACACUGUCCCAAGCCACACACUAACCCUCAAAAACACUGUCCCAUGCCUCACGCUGAACCUCACAAAGACUCUCCCAUGCCUCAGACUGAACCUCAAAAACACUGUUCCAUACCUCAUGCUGAACCUCACAAAGACUCUCCCAUGCCUCAGACUGAACCUCAAAAACACUGUUCCAUACCUCACACCGAACCUCAAAAACACUGUCCCAAGCCACACACUAACCCUCAAAAACACUGUCCCAUGCCUCACACCGAACCUCAAAAACACUGUCCCAAGCCACACACUAACCCUCAAAAACACUGUCCCAUGCCUCACGCUGAACCUCACAAAGACUCUCCCAUGCCUCAGACUGAACCUCAAAAACACUGUUCCAUACCUCAUGCUGAACCUCACAAAGACUCUCCCAUGCCUCAGACUGAACCUCAAAAACACUGUCCCAUGCCACACACUAACCCUGAAAAACACUGUCCCAUGCCUCACGCUGAACCUCAAAAACACUGUCCCAUGCCUGACACCAAACCUCAAAAACACUAUCCUCACACCAAACCUCAAAAACACUGUCCCAAGCCACACACUAACCCUCAAAAACACUGUUCCAUACCUCAUGCUGAACCUCACAAAGACUCUCCCAUGCCUCAGACUGAACCUCAAAAACACUGUUCCAUACCUCAUGCUGAACCUCACAAAGACUCUCCCAUGCCUCAGACUGAACCUCAAAAACACUGUUCCAUACCUCACACCGAACCUCAAAAACACUGUCCCAAGCCACACACUAACCCUCAAAAACACUGUCCCAUGCCUCACACCGAACCUCAAAAACACUGUCCCAAGCCACACACUAACCCUCAAAAACACUGUCCCAUGCCUCACGCUGAACCUCACAAAGACUCUCCCAUGCCUCAGACUGAACCUCAAAAACACUGUUCCAUACCUCAUGCUGAACCUCACAAAGACUCUCCCAUGCCUCAGACUGAACCUCAAAAACACUGUCCCAUGCCACACACUAACCCUGAAAAACACUGUCCCAUGCCUCACGCUGAACCUCAAAAACACUGUCCCAUGCCUGACACCAAACCUCAAAAACACUGUCCCAUGCCUCACAAUGACCCUCAAAAACAUUGUCCCAUCCUUCAGAUCCUCACACCAAACCUCAAAAACACUGUUCCAUACCUCAUGCUGAACCUCACAAAGACUCUCCCAUGCCUCAGACUGAACCUCAAAAACACUGUUCCAUACCUCAUGCUGAACCUCACAAAGACUCUCCCAUGCCUCAGACUGAACCUCAAAAACACUGUCCCAUGCCACACACUAACCCCUUAA